AUGACAAUCGACCAUUUCUCAAAUAUCGCCUACCUUCCGAGCGACAUUUGGGUUGCAUUAACCAUUAAAGUUGCGUCAAACUCCAUUCGCGACCUGUGCAGCCUCAGAAUGACCUGUAAGGCUGCACGCGAUGCGGCAAACGCCGAUAUUGUUCACCGCAUUGUUUAUAUCCCACCACCGUAUGCCACGCAAUGGUGGUGGAGCAUCAAAACGGAGGCAAGGAGAUUCUUUAAUCGCUACAUGGCCACAGGCCAUCCAGAGCUUCUGUUCCGGGUGGCGCUUCAGGAACUCUUCAUGAGAUGUAACAAAGACGUUGGCAUCCGCAUGUUGAAUAGUGCAACAAGUACAGGCCAUGAAGUAGCCAAAUACGCACUCUCCAUGACGUUGCUGCUUCGCAUGGACGACGACAAGGCAAAAUGA